UACUAUUUUCCUGCAGUGUAGGAGGGGGUGGCUUUGUAAGCUACAGUCACAUAAAGUAGAAAAUAACCAGCGCAGGAACCCUUUCAGCACCACUCGCCAAUGGACAGCGGUUUCAGCACGCAGAGUCAUUGGGCAGUUUGAGAAGUGACAGGAUUUGUUAGGAGUCUACAGACCAGUGGGAUUUGGACUACCGCACCAUCAAGACAGGUCCUGGAGGUUCUAUUCUCGUAAUUCUUCGGCACUGCUAUUGUAUCCCCCACUACAGGACUAAACAUAUGCCUUUGWAUCCUUACACCUGUUUUUCUUAAACUCGGGUUCUAACCAAAGAGGAGUUCUCUGGAAAGAAUCCGUAUUUCUGCACAUGCUGAAAGACACAGUCGUUGAAAAUAGAAAUUUAGAGUGGACGGUAUCAAUUCAACUUGGUCUUCAUAAACGAAAUUUUCUGAAAUAAAAUCCAGUGGGUUUCUUUCAAAGAAGUCUGCUGUCUUUCUGAGCUCGAGGAGGGAGGCCAUGUUUGAGUACCUGCAGGUCUGCUCGGGCUGACUGAGGACUUUCUGCCUGCUCCGGGGGGGUGAGCCAGAGAGAAGCUAAACGCCCCUGACUGGCUCUGGAGGAGUGGAGAAAAGAAGGCUUAUCUCCCACCUUUGUUCUCUCUAAUGCCCCUUGAGAUGGCUCUCCACGGACUCACUCCCACCUCAGUCAAAACUGUUUAGUAACUCCACACCUUCUCCAUACCCCAACUGCAGGGAGAGAGAAUACCCCAAAAGAAAGUGGAGAAAGAGAAAGAGAGAGAGAAAGCUAAUUAGUAUUACUGAGAGACAUGAGAAGAGACAUCUGAAGAGAGUUAUGUGCUCUGAGGGAUAUUGCUGCUAACCUUUAGGACAUUUGUUUGUGGUAUUUUUUUWAAAAGGGACUCAAUUUAGCUGGUUGCGGGUUUAACUUAGCCUUCCGUCAUGACUCUUCUGGGAAGCUGUAUGAAGAGGGGGCAGACUGACUGCCACAGAGGUGGUCCGGCUGGGCCCUGUCAGGUCCUGCUCCUGACCUGCUGUAUCCUGGUAGUCCUGGGGGCCAAGCCAAAGACACCUGGCCACACACACCUCAACUCCAUCCGUAUUGACGGGGAUAUCUCACUGGGUGGGCUCUUUCCUGUACACGCCAGAGGAAACAAUGGGAAAGCCUGUGGGGAGCUGAAGAAGGAAAAGGGGAUCCACAGACUGGAGGCUAUGCUGUUCGCCUUGGACCGCAUCAACAACGACCACGAGCUGCUGCCCAACAUCACUCUGGGGGCCAGGAUCCUGGACACCUGUUCACGGGACACCCACGCCCUGGAGCAGUCGCUCACCUUUGUCCAGGCGCUCAUCGAGAAGGACGGUACGGACAUCAAAUGCCUGAGUGGCGGGCCGCCUAUCAUCACCAAGCCUGAGAGGGUGGUGGGCGUCAUUGGGGCCUCCGCCAGCUCCGUGUCAAUCAUGGUGGCCAACAUCCUGCGCCUCUUCAGGAUCCCACAGGUGAGUUAUGCCUCCACGGCUCCAGAGCUGAGUGAUAACACGCGCUAUGACUUCUUCUCCCGCGUCGUGCCUCCGGACACCUACCAGGCACAGGCAAUGGUGGACAUAGUCAAAGCCAUGCGCUGGAAUUAUGUCUCCACAGUAGCAUCAGAGGGCAACUAUGGAGAGAGUGGUGUGGACGCCUUCAUACAGAAGUCCCGCGAAGACGGAGGUGUGUGCAUCUCUCAGUCAGUGAAGAUACCACGAGAACCUAAGCUUGGAGAGUUUGACAAGGUAAUCCGUAGACUGUCAGAGAACCACAACGCCCGGGUUGUCAUUCUCUUUGCCAACGAAGAUGACAUUAGGCAGAUUCUUCAAGCAGCUAAGAAGGCUAACCAGACAGGACAUUUUAUAUGGGUGGGGUCAGACAGCUGGGGGUCUAAGAUCUCCCCCAUCCUGAACCAGGAGGAGAUGGCAGAAGGGGCUGUCACGAUCCUACCUAAACGGCAGUCCAUCCGAGGGUUUGAUCGCUACUUCAUCAGCAGAACUUUGGAUAACAACAGAAGGAAUAUUUGGUUUGCAGAGUUCUGGGAAAACAACUUCCAGUGCAAACUCAGUCGACACGCUCUGAAGAAAGGAUCCGGCAUCAAAAAGUGCACAAACCACGAGCGGAUCGGGAAGGACUCGUCCUAUGAGCAGGAGGGGAAGGUCCAGUUUGUGGUUGAUGCAGUUUACGCCAUGGCUCACGCUUUACACAACAUGCAUAAGGAGCUCUGUCCAGGGAAAGUGGGCCUCUGCUCCAAAAUGGAAACCAUCAAUGGAACCAUGUUGCUCAAGUUCAUUCGCAACGUCAACUUUACAGGAAUUGCUGGCACUCCAGUGAUCUUCAAUGUGAACGGAGAUGCCCCUGGUCGCUAUGAGAUCUAUCAGUACCAGAUGAAACACAACACCACAGAAUACAAGAUCAUCGGCCACUGGGCAGACCAGCUCCAUUUAGAAACUAAGGAGAUGCGGUGGCCUGGUGGGACAUGGCAGGUACCCCAGUCUAUCUGCAGUCAGCCCUGUCAUCCUGGGGAGAGGAAGAAAACAGUGAAGGGUGUCCCCUGCUGUUGGCACUGUGAGCGCUGUGAUGGCUACCAGUACCAGGCCGACACCUACAGCUGUAAGAUGUGCCGCUUUGACCUGCGGCCCAACGAGAACCACACCGCCUGCGAGGCCAUCCCGAUCGUCAAGCUGGAGUGGAGUUCCCCCUGGGCCGUCAUCCCCGUCCUCAUCGCUGUGCUGGGCAUCAUGGCCACCAUGUUUGUGGUGGCCACCUUCAUCCGCUACAACGACACCCCCAUUGUGAAGGCAUCAGGGCGCGAACUCAGCUAUGUGCUGUUGACGGGCAUCUUCCUGUGCUACGCCACCACUUUCCUCAUGAUCUCAGCGCCUGACGUUGGAAUCUGUUCCCUCCGACGGAUCUUCCUAGGUUUGGGAAUGAGUAUUAGCUAUGCAGCGCUGCUCACCAAGACCAACCGUAUCUAUCGCAUCUUUGAGCAGGGCAAGAUGUCAGUGAGCGCCCCCAGGUUCAUCUCCCCAGCCUCCCAGCUGGUCAUCACCUUCAGCCUGAUCUCAGUGCAGCUCCUGGGGGUGUGCAUCUGGUUCGGUGUAGACCCAUCUCAGGCUAUCAUCGACUAUGAGGACCAGCGCACGUCCAACCCGGACAUGUCCCGUGGCGUGCUCAAAUGUGACAUCUCAGACCUUUCACUGAUCUGCCUGCUUGGCUUCAGCAUGCUGCUCAUGGUCACCUGUACAGUGUAUGCCAUCAAGACCCGGGGGGUGCCAGAGACCUUCAACGAGGCCAAGCCCAUCGGCUUCACCAUGUACACCACCUGUAUCGUCUGGCUAGCCUUCAUACCCAUCUUCUUUGGGACUUCACAKUCAACAGAAAAGAUGUACAUCCAGACCACGACUCUGACCAUCUCUGUGAGCCUGAGUGCCUCUGUGUCUCUGGGGAUGCUCUACAUGCCCAAGGUCUACGUGGUCCUCUUCCACCCGGAGCAGAACGUUCCCAAGCGCAAGCGAAGCCUCAAGGCUGUGGUCACCGCGGCCACCAUGUCCAACAAGUUCCCCACUAAGGGCGGCCUCCGGCCCAAUGGAGAGGCCAAGUCUGAGCUGUGUGAAAGCCUGGAGACACAAGCAUUGGCCUCCAAGCAGACAUACAUCAGCUACAGUAACCAUGCCAUCUAAGAAACAGACAGUGGAGACCCGGCUCAGAAGCUACGACCUGCGUGUGGAAUGAACGAACACCAGAACUGGAGCACCAAGAUYCAAAAGCAGUGGGAAAUGGGGAGAAAUGAGAAUAAUCAUUCAACAUAUUGAACGGAUGUCACUAUUUUCAAGAGGACCAGUCAAUGCAAGGCUAUUGAAUGCCAAACAAAAGCAGUGGGAAGGUUCCUAGGGGGGUGGGGAGGUGCGGGUUUCAGGCAGAUAUGACAGUGAUGUCUCCRCAUCCCCUUUGUGACAUGUCACAGAGACAUCAGACACUCACAUUUCCAAAUUAAGUCAGUGUUUUCCUUCUGGAGUUUAUAGAACAGCUUUUCUCUUCUGGUGUUUUGUCUGAAGCUGAUGAACACCCUGGCUAACUCCCUGACAAACACCCUGUUCUGUAGUGAAUUGAGUUUUCUCUCUGUGUGCAGCGGUGUUGUAUCUCUCUCUACCAGUGGUAAUGUGCAAUUAUUUGCUUCCCCUUCUUCUCUGUCCUUUCCAAUGAGGGUGAAAGGCUGAACACAAUAUCUAAUUUGUCAAUAAGACAAAUCUGUCAAAAGAAGUAUGUAUAAGCACAUGAAAAA